AUGCCACGUAAGGGAGGCAAAGCUGCGAAAUUGUGGUCGCUCCACCCAAAGCUUCAUGACGAUGUAGCACGGUUAUUAGAUGAGGAAGGGCUUCAAAUAGAUUUCUUUGACGCCGACGAUGAGAGAAAUAACAUUGAGGAAUGGGACACAAACGUUAUGGGUCGAUUUAUAUGCGAGAACAGCGGAUGUUACUCCAGCGGUUGGUCGAGCAAAAAGAUCGCGAUUACAAUUCGCAUGUACCCCCAACAGCGAUACAAUGCACGAGUGUAUCACCAGCGAUGCAGAAAUUGCAGAGCAGUUGGUCGGCUAAUUCUGGAUACCGGGUGCUAUGCGGAAAGAGUGACAUACUGGCUCAAAAAAUGGAAUGGAAUUGAGGUGCAGCGGCCCAAUUCUUCUGGCCAGAGCAGAGGACCGCACAAUAGUGAACUUUGUGAAGGGUGUAAAGUUGGUCAUUGUCCCAACUCGAAUGAUAAUGACGAUUUAGCAUUGGUGCUGGCGAGGUGA